GUCUGUCUCUCGUCGAGACAGAUCCGGAUGAGGCGAUGAAGUGCUGGUCAUCGGCCAAAUCCAACCCGAAGACGUUGUUUAAUAUGGGAGUGGCGUACGAGAGCGGCCGCUACUCGACCAAAGGCACCGUCGACUUGGAGCGGGCGCACCAGCACUAUAUGCUCGCCGCCUCAUUGGGCCACAAGCAGGCCAUCUAUAACCUGUCGCUCUUCUAUCUGUACGGAAAGGGAGGCAUUGCUGUCGACCUGAACAGAGCCGAAACACUGCUCCGACGGGCGGCCACACUGGGAGUCAAAAAAGCUGAACAAUACAUACAAGAGCUGGAAGUGAGACGGAGAGCGCAAACCAAACAAACAAAUUUGAUGAGGAGUUCCGCAUCGGCUCCCAAUUUGACUCAAUAUGACACAUAUUUCGAGGCUUUUAAUAAUUAUGAUUCAAAUAAUCGUUCAAACACUCGAUACCUGCAAACCUUUGCUAUUGUUAAUAGGGAUUGUUGCUCACCAUUGGGUCUAAUGGACGGUCGGAUACACGACUGGCAACUGAGCGCAUCCUCCAAUUACGACAGAGAUCCCAAUUGUAAUGUGAAAUAUGCGAGAAUUCAUGUGUGGCCGGGGAGGGGAUGGUGUGCCGACACCAAUAGAACCAAUGAUUACCUCCAGAUAGACCUGGGCUUUGAAACAGCAAUCAAUGGUAUCAUAACUCAAGGCCGAGCAGAUGGAAAGUCUUGGAUCAAACACUACCACUUGUUAUUCAGCGGUGAUGCCAACGUAUGGACCUAUUAUAACGACAAACAAAAACUUCUUGGGAAUAAAGACUCGCAUUCAUUGCAAUACCAUUUGCUGACAAACUUAGUAAUCACUCGAUUUGUUCGCAUCGAAGUGAUCGCAUGGCAUAAUAACCCGGGUCUUAGAGUGGAACUUCUCGGAUGUAGAAAAUGUGAUUCAAUUAUCAAUUAUCCUCCGCGAAGUCUCUAUAAGGCGUCGAGUGCUCGCAAUUGGCCACAAGACGCCUACUGUUCCCCAGAGGAUGCCUACAUCGAU